GAAUGCAAAGGAUGGAGAAGAGUAAUAAUGCAACUGAAGAGGAACCUAAACCUGGAAGGCUUUUAGAUAUUGUACUUUCAUGGACCCUCGAGGAUGUUCUCAACGAAAAUCUUUACAAAGACAAGGUUCAUAAGAUUCCAGAAACGUUUAAGUCACCAAAAGAUUACAAGAACUCUUUUAUUCCUCUGUUGUUGGAGGAAACUCGUUGUGAUUUAUCAUCAAGCUUGUUCUGCGUGUCUCGAGCUCCUUUUUGUGAAAUCCAUAAUGUUGAAGAAUCAGAUGGCAAGCAAUUGAAUUUUCCUAAAUCUCAAAAGCAAUUCAAACUGUUCCAACAGAUCAUACGGUUGAAGAGUACAACUCAUCAUGGAAAUUAUGAACCUGGGUCAGGAGAUCUUAUUCUUCUCACAAACAUUAGGCCAAAGAGCUUAGAUGACUUGAAAACAUUGAAAAGUUCCUACCAUUUUGGAUAUGUUAAUCGGGCGAAAAAUCACUGUUCUAAUGCGAUAUUAGUUAUGUCAUCUAAAAGCGUCAAGAUGGAUAUGGAUAUUCCGUAUGACUUGAGGAACAAGAAAGAGGCAAAAGAGGUGAAAAUGUAUGCAGUUUACCUCAUGAAUAUGACAACAAAUGUUAGAAUUUGGAAUGCCUUGAACUCACAAUCAGAGGGUGAACACCUCAACAUUAUUAAGAAAGUGUUGCAACUUGGUCUUAAUAGUGGACAAAACUGCAAAAUUUGCUUGUCUAGAUCAAAUAGUCAAGCUUCUUUCAUUGAAAAGGACAUAAUUGUUGCUCAGAAUCUGAAUGAAUCACAAGAAGAAGCAGUUUCAAGCUGUGUUAGUAUGAUAAAUUGUUGUCAUGCUAAUACCAAACUUAUAUGGGGCGCACCAGGGACUGGCAAAACAAAGACAGUUGCAUGCUUGUUAUUUUCUCUACUCAAAUUAAAAACCAGAACAUUAACUUGUGCUCCAACAAAUACUGCAGUGUUGCAAGUUGCAACUAGGUUGCAUAGUAUAGUUAUGGAUUCCCAUGAGCAUGAUACAUAUGGUUUAGGAGACAUUGUGCUUUUUGGAAAUAGUAAGAGAAUGAAAUUAGAUUGUUACCCUGGCAUUGAAGAUAUCUUUCUUGAUUAUCGCGUAAAAAAUCUCAUGCAGUGCUUUUGUGGUGAAUGGAAGCAUAACUUUGAAUCAAUGAUCAAGUUGCUUAAUGACCCUAGAGAGCAAUAUUUCAUGGAGAUGCAUAGUGUGUCACUAAAGGAUUCUUUUAUUGAAAAAAAUAGCAUUAUAGUAUCUGUAUAUGAUACAAAUAGGGGGAAUUAUGGUUUUUAUAUGAGUUUUGAGGCAUAUGUUCAGAAGACAUGGAGAGACAUCACAAAGCUAUACCAAUUGGAUGAGCAUGAUAGAAAUGAAUUGAUGUUGACAAUGGAACAAUUUUUGAAACAUAGAAUUGAUAAAUUAAGAAUGAAUAGGCUCACAUUCUUCAUGCAAACCUUAUACACAAGCUUCAUGCAGAUGUUUGAGGAACCUAGAGAACAAAUUUUCUCAAAGUUGGGUUACAAGUCCCUAGAAGAUUUUGCUAUGAAUAGCAUUAUAGCAUCUGCUUAUAGUGCAUACAAGCAAAAUAGGGGGAGUGAUGAUAGUUUGACUUUUGAAGGAUAUGUAAAGAGGGCAAAGAAAGACAUAAUCAUGCUAUACCAAACUGUCAUGACUAUGGAACAAUUUGUAAUUCAAAGAUUUGGAAAAUUAAGAGAGAAGCUCAAGUUCUUUAUGCAUACCAUAUACACCCACUUGCCAAAAUCUUUCAUUUCGCUUGAUAAGGUGAAAAAUAUGCUUCAAGCUCUUGACAUGUUAAGAUCACUUGAAAUUUCAUUGAGUCAAGCCAAAUUCAAGCAAACACUUGAUGAUUGUGAAGGAUUAGAAAUAAAUGAGUGUCUUAGGAUACUUAGUUUGCUUUCUAACUCAAUUUCACUUCCUCAAUUUAAAACGGAAAAUCAAAUCGAAAAUUUUUGCUUGUCGAAUGCUAGGCUAAUUUUGUGUACUGCAUCAAGUUCCGUUAAGCUUUACACAAAAGUGAUGAGUCCAUUGCAGUUUUUAGUUAUCGAUGAAGCCGCGCAGCUGAAAGAAUGUGAAUCAACUAUACCAUUGCAGCUGCCAGGUAUCUGUCAUUGUAUCCUAAUAGGUGAUGAAAGACAACUUCCUGCAUUGGUAAAAAGCAAGAUUGCAGAUGAGUGUAAAUUUGGACGAAGUAUGUUUGAGAGGCUGGUUAUUUUAGGCUACAAGAGGCAUAUGCUUAAUGUUCAGUAUAGAAUGCAUCCAUCAAUUAGUUUAUUCCCAUGCAAAGAGUUCUAUGAUGAAAAACUUUCUGAUGCAGCCAUUGUGAGGGAGGAAAGAUAUAAUAAGAAUUUUCUUGAAGGAGAAAUGUAUGCUCCUUAUUCUUUUAUUAAUAUAGCUAAGGGAAAAGAGCAAUUUGAUCAUGGACAUAGUUUAAAGAACAUGGUUGAGGUUGCUGUUAUUUCUAAGAUACUUGAAAGCCUUAAACAAGAGUGUAUGAGGACAAAGAAGAAAGUUAGCAUAGGAAUCAUAUCUCCAUACAAUGCUCAAGUUUAUGAAAUUCAAGAGAAAGUUAUGCAAUACAUUUCUGUUUCUGAUACCAACUUCUCUAUUAGUGUUCGUUCUGUUGAUGGCUUUCAAGGUGGUGAAGAAGACAUCAUAAUAAUAUCAACUGUGAGAUGUAAUAAGAGUGGAAAAGUGGGGUUUCUUUCAAAUAGACAAAGAGUUAAUGCCGCAAUCACUAGGGCUAGAUAUUGUCUUUGGAUAUUAGGGAAUGCAACUACUCUGAUCAACAGUGACUCUAUUUGGAGAAAUGUAGUUCUUGAUGCUAAGAGAAGAGAUUGUUUACAUAAUGCUGAUGAGGACAAGAAAUUGGAUCAGGCCAUUAAUGAUAUCUUGUUUAAGCUUGAACUAUUAGAUAGAUCUGAGUCAACAUUUAAGAAACUAAGCUUAGAUGAAAAAUAAAAAAACAACUAUUUCUUUAGGUAAGUGAAUUAUUUGAUAUAGUUGUGAUCAUAUAUGUUGUUUAAGAUGCUUACUAAUUUGAUGAAAAUCAUAACCUUGUUAAUUUAAUGCCCUUGCAGUAUCAAACUUUAAUUUUAUAACAAUG